CCACUUGUCCUUGGUCCGGAGGGAUGCAGUGAUUAUGGGCUUUAAUUUGCUGGCUUUUCGUUAGAAACCAGAUAAAACAAGAACUGGAUGAGCUUGUUUGCCUUCUUAAGCACAGAACUCGGAUCAGCAAGUUCCUGAUUUGCCUUACCGCUGGUGAAUGGUCUCUGAGCAAAGAUGCAGAUUUUUGUGAAAACGCUGACUGGUAAAACCAUUACCCUCGAGGUGGAGCCCAGUGACACUAUCGACAAUGUCAAAGCCAAAAUCCAAGACAAGGAAGGUAUCCCCCCUGAUCAGCAGCGUCUCAUCUUUGCUGGAAAACAGCUGGAGGAUGGACGCACCUUGUCAGAUUAUAACAUCCAGAAGGAGUCCACCCUCCACCUUGUCCUGCGUCUAAGAGGGGGCAUCAUCGAGCCCUCAUUGAGACAGCUGGCUCAAAAGUACAACUGUGACAAGAUGAUCUGCCGCAAGUGCUAUGCUCGUUUGCAUCCACGUGCCGUCAACUGCCGCAAGAGGAAGUGCGGACACACCAAUCACAUCAGACCCAAGAAGAAGCUGAAGUAG